AUGGGGGACUGGUCAAUUCUGGGCCGCUUUCUAACAGAGGUUCAGAAUCAUUCGACGGUCAUCGGUAAGAUCUGGCUGACGGUGCUCCUGAUCGUUCGCAUCCUGCUGGUGACCCUGGUUGGAGAUGCUGUGUACAGCGAUGAGCAGUCCAAGUUCACUUGCAAUACGCUGCAGCCUGGCUGCAACAAUGUCUGCUACGACACUUUUGCCCCCGUCUCCCACUUGCGCUUCUGGGUCUUCCAGAUUGUGCUGGUCUCAACACCUUCCAUCUUCUACAUCAUCUAUGUGCUGCACAAAAUCACCAAAGAUGAGAGGCUGGAGACAGAGAGGGUCCAGGCCAAGCACCCCGUGGGAGACUAUUCUGGGCAGCUGGAAGGGGAUGGUGUCAGAAUGGGCUAUGGACCCCAGGGAGAAGAAUGGGGUGGUCAGGAUGAGGAAAGCGUGGAGCAAAAUCUCCUGCAGGAUGAUUUCGGUGAGGUUGGCAAGGAUCCAACCAUACUCUCCAAUCAGGUUCUCCUCAUCUAUAUUGUUCACGUCCUGAUCCGCUCCAUCCUAGAGAUCAUGUUCCUUGUCGGUCAGUACUACUUGUUUGGAUUUGAGGUGCCUCAUUUGUUCAGAUGCGAAACGUACCCUUGUCCGACACGGACUGACUGUUUUGUGUCACGAGCCACUGAAAAGACCAUUUUCCUUAAUUUUAUGUUUAGCAUCAGCCUGGGUUGUUUUCUCUUGAACAUUGUGGAGCUUCACUACCUUGGUUGGAUCUACAUUUUCCGCUUGCUGUGUGCUGCCUGCUUCCUGUGCUUCAGGCCAGAGAGGGAACUGUACUCUCAACGCAACCCUUUGCUGCUACGCCUCAGACACUCAAUGCGGAGCAGGCUGAUCCUGCAGUCCCCCACAACCACCCUGUCUGAGGAAAAGACGGGGACGGCUUUGCUUUCACACGGCCCAGCCAUCUCCUUCGAGACUGACUCUACUCUUGAGUGCACCUCAAAGAGGAACCCAGAGGAGAGGGAACAUAUGAGGCUGAAACUGGCCAACAUGGCUAGAUUUACUGGCAAAAAGUCCUGGUUGUAA